AAUGAAAGUUUACAUUUUUGUCAGAAGAAAUCUCCUCCUCUUUCCUUAGGAAGAAGCUAUUUCUCCACGCUGUUUCUACAAUUUCUCUCUCCCUUUCAUUUUCUUUCUAAUCUUCUUCAUCAGGUACUCAUCAAUCUCUCCAAAUUCUGGGUUUCCAUUGCAUACGAUUUGCUUCUUCACAAGUAUUGGUUUUGCUUGGGAAACAAGGCAGUUGCGUCGUGGAUCACCGGGGAGAAGGUUUCUCCACCGUUUGAGAAACCCUAAUAACAACAUUCAAAAUGGCGGACUCACCGGUGGAUUCAUCUCCUGCCCCUGAAACCUCAAAUGGGACACCACCGUCAAACGGAACAUCGCCGUCUAAUGAGUCAUCGCCGCCAACACCACCUUCUUCACCACCACCAUCAUCAAUAUCUGCUCCUCCGCCAGAUAUCUCCGCUUCUUUUUCACCGCCGCCUGCACCACCAACGCAAGAAACGUCACCUCCUACAUCUCCGUCCUCAUCGCCGCCUGUUGUAGCUAAUCCGUCACCGCAGACUCCAGAGAAUCCUUCUCCACCUGCACCUGAAGGCUCAACUCCUGUAACGCCACCUGCACCACCACAAACACCGUCGAACCAAUCACCGGAAAGACCAACUCCUCCUUCUCCUGGUGCCAAUGAUGACCGAAACAGAACCAAUGGCGGAAACAACAACAGAGACGGCUCCACACCAUCACCACCGUCGUCAGGGAACAGAACUUCCGGUGACGGUGGCUCACCUUCACCACCUCGGUCGAUAAGCCCUCCUCAGAAUAGUGGAGAUUCAGACUCAUCAUCGGGUAAUCAUCCACAAGCCAACAUUGGAUUGAUUAUUGGAGUCCUUGUAGGAGCAGGGCUUUUGCUUCUACUUGCAGUGUGUAUUUGCAUCUGUUGCAACAGGAAGAAGAAGAAGAAAUCUCCUCAGGUCAACCACAUGCACUACUACAAUAACAAUCCUUAUGGAGGAGCACCCUCAGGUAAUGGUGGUUAUUACAAGGGAACACCUCAAGAUCAUGUGGUGAAUAUGGCUGGUCAAGGAGGUGGGAAUUGGGGUCCACAGCAACCUGUGUCUGGUCCUCACAGUGAUGCUUCCAACUUAACCGGUCGAACUGCUAUACCGUCACCUCAAGCUGCAACUCUUGGUCACAACCAAAGCACUUUCACAUACGAUGAACUGUCCAUUGCAACAGAAGGUUUCGCUCAGUCAAAUUUGCUAGGACAAGGAGGAUUUGGGUAUGUUCAUAAAGGAGUUCUGCCUAGUGGCAAAGAAGUUGCAGUGAAGAGUCUUAAACUUGGAAGUGGACAAGGGGAACGCGAGUUUCAAGCAGAGGUUGAUAUCAUUAGCCGUGUCCAUCAUCGUCAUCUCGUUUCUCUUGUUGGAUAUUGCAUCUCUGGUGGUCAAAGACUUUUGGUUUAUGAGUUUAUACCUAACAACACUCUUGAAUUUCAUCUUCAUGGAAAGGGUCGUCCGGUUUUGGAUUGGCCUACAAGAGUGAAGAUUGCAUUGGGAUCAGCUAGAGGCCUUGCAUAUUUGCAUGAAGACUGUCACCCUCGCAUUAUCCACAGAGAUAUCAAAGCUGCAAACAUUCUUCUUGAUUUCAGUUUUGAGACCAAGGUGGCAGAUUUUGGAUUGGCUAAGCUAUCUCAAGACAACUAUACUCAUGUCUCCACUCGCGUCAUGGGAACUUUUGGAUACUUAGCUCCAGAGUAUGCAUCAAGCGGAAAGUUAUCCGACAAAUCUGAUGUUUUCUCAUUUGGAGUAAUGCUUCUUGAGCUCAUAACCGGAAGACCUCCUCUGGAUCUAACUGGAGAAAUGGAAGAUAGCUUGGUAGAUUGGGCAAGGCCUUUGUGUUUGAAAGCAGCUCAAGAUGGAGAUUACAACCAAUUGGCUGAUCCACGUCUAGAGCUAAACUACAGUCAUCAAGAGAUGGUUCAAAUGGCUUCUUGUGCAGCUGCAGCAAUCAGACAUUCAGCAAGAAGACGGCCUAAGAUGAGCCAGAUUGUACGAGCACUAGAAGGAGAUAUGUCAAUGGAUGAUCUAAGUGAGGGAACAAGACCAGGACAAAGCACGUACUUGAGCCCCGGGAGCGUGAGCUCAGAGUAUGACGCAAGCUCGUACACGGCAGACAUGAAAAAGUUCAAGAAACUGGCGUUAGAGAAUAAAGAAUAUCAAAGCAGUGAAUAUGGUGGAACAAGUGAGUAUGGCUUAAACCCUUCUGCUUCAAGUAGUGAAGAAAUGAAUAGAGGCUCAAUGAAACGCAAUCCUCAGCUUUGAAAGAAGAGACAACACUUGUCAUAAUAUUUCAGUUUUCUUCUCUGUUUUUCUUUCAUUGUUUGUUCAUUCUGCAUCAAAGACGUGCAGUUUUUGACAGUCACAAAAUUAUGAUGUUUGUAGGAGUAAUUUUUGACCAAAAGAGAUUAGAGUGUGGUUUUGUUGAAAUGUUUAGUACAAAGCCUUAAUCCAUAAAUACGUGGAAUUUAUCAAGAUUGUUUAUUAUUGGUCUUAUAUAAUUAUGAGAUUCUAAAAGUGUGAUACGGUUAGGGUUAGGCGUAUCCUUUUGUUACC